AGAAGUGAACUGAUGGACCUUGUUGGGCAGGGGUGGAAUUUUCGAUCUUUUUUUUUUCUUUUUCGCGCUAGUCAAUACUUUCAUAAAUUUCUCUUGGAAACGGAAAAGAAAAGAAAAAAAAAGUUCAAAGGUCCUUGUGAGACUGUGAGAUAGAAUGCGACGAUAGGAUCGCAAAGCCACAGAUACUUGAGGGAGAUCCUAUCAAAGGUUGCCGAACUUGAAGACGCCAUUGAUCAGGGUAAUGUCACGCGAGUCCAUCUACUACUUACUGAGUACUACUGGCUGCAGAAUCCUCACGGAUUAAGGCAAGGCAGUAGGCUGAGAUGGAGGGUGUCCUUGGCCCCUGGUUGGCCCCCGAAUUCACAACAAUGUUCGGGCUGUCACGAGGGGGUUUGCCUGUCGCAUGGAUGGGGAUGGCCAUGAUUGCCGCUGGGAUUGGUAUUUCCCCCUCCUUCUCCUCCAUACCUGACGAGAAAACAGGUUCGCCGCCAUCGGAGCAGGAGGAUGAAGAAGACGAUGUUAUUGAUGACGACGAUGAUAAUAAUUAUUGGAUUUCCCUCCAAGAACAGAUCCUGCACAUCGUUAACCAAAACGACGACUGGUCGGUAACCGAGCGUCUAAUAAAUUGCAACCUACGGGCAGAAUACCUCAACUAGACUAAAACACGGAAUCCUAGCAGUAGCCCGGCGCUUAACACCUGACUAGCUCACUAAUAUGCCAUAGUCGGAACUAAUCGAAGACUACGGAGAAGCCUUGAGAGAGAUCUUGGUGGAUCAGGUUGGGCAGGGAAUGUCCUGCUUCCAGACUUGUAUAUGUGAAACAUACAAUCUUUGCGUUGAAUUUGAUACACCUCCCAUAGGCCACUUGUUUUACUUCCCUGCCUAGAUAUAAUCUACACCAGGGUAUGAAAGGUUAAAAGGAGAGGAAUAAGGAGAGCAGAAGAAGAUGCCACUUGUCUGAAUAUUGGAACAGCGAACUGACUCAACCAUGGUUGUGUAACGGCCCAGCUACAAGCUAAACCCACCAGGAUGAUCUGAAUAGGAGACCAUGGAUCAGGACCGAAUGGGUGGCUUGGGUCCCACAAACACGGUGAGCAGGUGAUACGGGUAAACAUAGAUUCUUCAGAAGUGGUCUAAUGAGUUCUUUCGAG